CAAACUUCCGCCAGAGUUCGUUUGUACCAAACCAAACUCUUCCAUGCAGGCAUUGUGGGAUAUGUUAUUCUCCCCAAAUCUCGCGAACUACUUUUGUACGAGAAGAACGUGAUGAAACAACAAAAUAGACUGACUCAUGAUACGUGAUGGCCAACACCAACAGCCCUCUCGAGAUGGCCAACACCAACACCCCUCUCAAGACAAUUUUCAGAUGUGAAGGAAGUCAGUCUCUCAGAACGGAACCGCACUGCUUCAUAUGUCUACGUUCCCCAUCAGGGAAAUUAAGGAAUAUAGUAACUAAUGUAGCUCUCCCAGAUAAUAACCCAAUUUUGAAAGACAUAAGAAAAUGUUUAAACAUGGAUUCCAAUGCACAGUUCUCAAUUCAUGAGUGUAAGAUAUGCUUGACAUGUAAGAGACAUUUAGAAAAUUGUGUAGAAUUUCAGAAUAAAUUGAAUGAAGCUAUUGAUAGAAAAUCAACCUCAACAUGUUCAACAAAACGAAUGGCGUUUUCUCAGACUCCUAGUUCUUCGAAAAAAGAGAAUGUCAGUGAUGUCAGCAAUAAAGAGAAUAUACCUGCCAGGAAAGUCAACUGUAAGAAGAAAAAGAAACUUUUUUUAGAACUGGAUACUGAUGUACAAAGUGAUGUAAAGAAAUCUGACAUGUGUCAAUCAGAUCAUAACUAUGGAAGUUUUGCAUCACCAGUUGAUAUGGCACAUAUAAACUCAGUAAGAGCGAAACAAGAACUCUUUUCCAAGAAAAACCACCAGGAUCAGUGUUAUUCCGCAGAUGAUAUUUUCAGGAAUAAAAUAUUACUGUCUGAAGUUCAAAAACUGAUUUUGCUAGAGACUGAAGUCGUUGCGGACAAGUUAUGCUCUCUCAGCAUUCAACCUGGUCCAUCAGUCCUGAGAACAUUACAACAUCCAUCUUCCUUAAAAUCAGAGGAUAUUUUGCAUAAAUGUCUGCUUGAAUUUCAAAACUGUUUUCCAUUUGUUUUUAGAGUUUUUCAGACAUUAGCAUCUCCAUUACAUGCUGAUCAACAGAGAACUAAUGCUUGUAAUUCCACAAUUGCUAUGAUGUAUGCUAUGGCCAUGAAUAGGAGAAAUAAAGAUUUGUGUGCCAUGCAGAAGAUAAACACUUGCAUUGCCCUUAGAUUUCACGCAGGCAAUGACCUCUUAGAUAUAUUCAACAAGACUAGUAUAACUCUUUCUGCAGACAGUAAAUAUACAUUUUUGGACAAAAUGGGAGAUUUAAACACUGAAGGCAUUGUGCGAAGUGUUCAGAUGGGAAUAGGAGGGAAAGUCACAGUUGAUAAUAUUGAUGGAAUGACCAUAGCAAGAGAUGUUAGACUUACUGGAGGUAAUAAACAUUAUCAUUACACUGCAUCUACCUAUUACCCUGAUCGUGCAGAUUUGACAGAUCUUGAAGAAAGCACCACACUAACACCUCCAGAGGAAAUUAAUUUUGAUGUGUUCUAUCUCAGUGCAGAAGAGGAGAGCAGGUUAAAAGAAAUGUAUGGUUAUAUGGUGGGUCGAACCUUAGUUAAAUAUUUCCCAGCUAUGAAAUGGAUGGAACCAUGUAUCCCUUCACACAUUCCUCAUCAGUAUAGUCAGCAGAUGGAAAGCAAGUCACAGAUAUUUCCCCUUAAGGAGAUGAAUUUGAAACAGUUAAAAUAACACUUGGAGGAGACCAGCUUGUUAGAGUAAGGAUGAGUGGGGCUAAAGAUCUCCUUGCUGGGGCUCACACUGCAGCUGAAAGAAUGGAAAUAUUUGAUCCUGUUGUAGAAGAACUCUUCCAUGUCGAACAGGAUUAUCUUGAGAAAUUGUUCAAACGAUUCUUUUCACCAAAGACUUCACGACAGGAAGGAAGUUUGGCUUUCUUUAAAUGUCAGCUGAGGAGAACCAACGUAAAUGGUCAAGUAAAAGGAGGGUUCCAGGCACACAGCGACUUUCUACACACAGUUGGUGAAGCCUUACUUAUUCAGCUAUGUAUGAAGAAAUUUUCAAUGGACAGCUUAGAGAGUGAGCCUGUCAUUCCAAAUUUAGACCUGCCAGAAAACAUCCGAAACACUCACGUUAAAACAAGAAAACCUCUCUUUUGGAAGGUUGUUCAAGAAGUUGUGAAUGAAAUAUUCAUGGAAUUUCAUAACCCAGGAUGUUUGCCUCCUGUGCACUUGGAUUUUGAGGAUACUUCUGUGAUUAUUCCCAGAGAACAACUCUGCAAAAAUGGCUAUGUAGACCUGAAAAUGUCAACUGGUGAAGUUUACAGAGUAUUUAAUUCACAUGAAACCACAGAUGACUUGCAGAACUACUCCAUACAAUUACUUAUGUGGUAUAUCCAUUUUUGUGAAUUUCAAGAUGGGAUACGAGAAGGGGACCCUUUCAGAACCAACAUUAACUUAAAAAGAAUGAUUCCCUUCUUUUACAGUCAUUCCGUUCGGUCCAAGUAUGCAGUUGAGUGUAUAGAUUAUAUCCUCAAAACAGAAGUCAUGCUGCCAAAACUCACAGCUAUGAGAGUUAGACUUGGUAGUUUCGUUAACCCACAUGGAAAGAAGGGGGGAAAUAAGCCAGCUGACAUGCAACAAGAAAAUAACAUUCUUGUUCUUAAAGAUGUCAUAAAAGGUUUAGGUGCAAACAAAACAACCAAAGCUAUGGAACGUGCAUCUGCAGCAGCCCCUGUUGUAGCAGAAACUGUAGAAAAUUAUAUGAGCAAUAUUCGGUGCAUAUCAAGGAGUGGAAAACACAGUACAAAAGACAAUUUGGAAGAUGUGACAUUUCUUGUUCAAAUAUUAGGUGGAAUAGACCCAUUUAGUGUCAUUGACAACCGUAAGAUGAAUUUUUACAAUAGUUUCAGGAAAAAUCCAUUCUCAUCUAUAUCUUCAGAAUUUCAUUCCCAUCUAUUCAAAAUAGUUGAGCGCUUGAAAAGAUGUCAGAACAUUGACCUUGAAUACUACAACCAGUAAGGAUCAUUUAGGCCCAUUGGCCUCUUGUGUAACUACUUAUUAUGUUAACUUUAAUCUGAAACUCUAUAGCAAAUAAUUGAAUUUAUAUUACCAUAUAACUUAAAAAUCCUGUUAAAUCUUGAAUAUGUUAUAUUUGCAUCUUUGAGACAUGAAAGAUAAGGAUGAAUUAAGGUUAUCAAGGCAAUCAGUACUGUAAUUUGUACAUUAAUAAAGAUUUAGUGGUAA